AUGAAUGAUGAUUCUGGAUUUUUGGUGGAAGCCCUAUUGAGCCCUAAUUUGUGGGCAAUGGGCAACCAUAAGAUGAUGAGAAUUCAAGAAAAUGAAUUCCUGAUUAUGGUUGAUUGGUUGCUAACUUGCAACUUUCAAGUUGAUGUGUACUACUGUACAGUGUACUGUGGUGGUGGACUGGUGGAAGUCAAUUGUAAAUUGUCAAAUAUGGAGAGCAAUCAAAAUAUAAGUGGGUCUGGACCUCUUCCAUCCUCAACAGUAGAUGAACAAGGAGUUCAACCUCAAGGCAUUGAGACAAAUACUCAACAGCCUAUGGUCACUCCUGCUGUUCCUGCUACUAAAAAGAGGAAGGAAAUAGGUCAAUCUAAAAAGCAUGGCACAUCAUCUUUAAGGAACCAUAUUAUGGCCUGUCUUAAAAAUCCACACUCGAAUGAUACAAGGCAGUCCCUACUGACAUUCAAUGCUGUUUCCACUUCUGGAACAAAUGCUCCUGAGGGAGUUCUGGGGACAUGGGUGUUUGAUCAAGAGGCCAUUAGGAGGGCCUUAUGUGAGAUGAUUAUCAUAGAUGAGCUCCCUUUUAGGUGGACAAUUUCUAGGGACAUCUACCAAAUUUUCCUAGAUGAGAGGCUAAGUCUUAGGAAGCUGUUUAGGGUGGGCACACAAAGAGUCAGUUUCACCACUGAUACCUGGACUUCUGUCCAGAGGAUUAAUUAUAUGUGCAUUACUGCACAUUUUAUAGAUGACCAGUGGAAGCUUCAGAAAAAAAUAAUUUCCUUUGUCCCAAUUUCUUCUCAUAGGGGGGAGUAUAUUGCAAAAGCCCUAGAGAGCUGUCUAUUGGAGUGGGGGAUUAGAAAUGUGUUCACUAUUACAGUGGACAAUGCCUCUUCUAAUGAUACAACUUUGGGGUACUUUAAGAGCAAGUUGUUAUCUUGGGGUUGUUCUUCUGUUCGGCUGCAGUACUUGCACAUGAGGUGCAUAGCACAUAUCCUAAACCUAGUGGUCCAAGAUGGUUUGAAGUAUGCAGAUGAGUCAGUUAAAAGGGUGAGGGAUGCAGUGAGAUGGGUUAGGAACUCACCUGCUAGGUUGCAAAAGUUUAGGGAACUAGCUGAUCUGAUUGGGGUGGAAGCCAAGUCAACCUUGCAUCUUGAUGUCCCUACUAGGUGGAACAGCACCUACAUCAUGCUUAACACUGCAAUUGAAUAUCAAAGAGUGUUUGAUAUGCUUGCAGAAACUGACCCCUCCUUUUCUGCUGAUUUGGAUGAUGUCCCUUGUUUUCUGGAUUGGAGUUCUGUGGAAAGCUUAGUUAAGCUUUUGAAAACUUUUUAUGAGAUGACAGUGAGAAUUUCUGGUUCUCUCUAUGUCACUUCUAACACAUUCUUCUCUGAGAUCUCUGAUCUCAGUUGCAUGUUGGAAGAUAUGGUUUUGGCUGAGCCUGAAACUGAUAAGGUAAUGGGGCAACAAAUGAAAACCAAGUUUCAUAAAUAUUGGGGGGAUCCAGCAAAAAUGAACUUCCUCAUUUUUUAUGCCAAUAUUCUGGACCCCAGAGAUAAGGAGGAAUACAUGCCUCAUCAGUUUGUCCAGCUUUAUGGAGAAGAGAAUGGCAAAUCUUUUUUUGCGAAGGUCCAAACUGCCAUGUCUGUGUUGUAUGCUGAUUAUGCAUCUACCUAUUCUGUCAGUUCAACCCCCUCUGAAUCCUCUACUCAAUCUGUCCAGUCUGAGGCUACCUCAAUUGGUAGGCCUCAAUCAAGGUUGAAGAGUCAGUUGAAAAAAAAGAGGAUGGAGGGUGGUGGUGGAAGCAGUAAGCAGACAGAGCUGCAAGUGUACUUGAGUGAGAGUAUAGUUGAGGAUGAUGAAGAUGCCACUUUUGAUGUUUUAAAGUGGUGGAAGGGCAAUAGUGAGAGAUUUCCUAUUCUCUCUAAAAUGGCUAGAGAUGUGCUUGCAGUUCCUAUUUCCACAGUUGCAUCUGAGAGUGCUUUUAGUACAAGUGGGAGGGUGCUUGAUCCAUUUAGGAGUUCCUUGACUCCUAAAAUAGUGGAAGCCUUACUUUGUACCCAAGAUUGGUUGAGAUUACCAAAUCAAGCAAUCACGGUUGAGAAAAACUUAGAUGAGGUUGAAAGACUAGAAAAAGAAUUGGCCACUGGAUGCAGUAUUCCAUCAAUGUUGUCAUCAAUACCUCUUGUGGUUAUGGUGAUGGAAGUUGCAGGGAAAUUGAUGGCAGGGAGAUUGGGGAAGAGAUGCAAAGUUCAAAAUGGUGGCAGAAGAAGAGCGAAGAAGAAGAAAGUGGUAAAGGGAAAGAGGACGGAGCUUACCGUUGAUGAGCUCGGUGAACUUCUGGCUUGA